AUGGGAGGUGGCGACGACCGUACUCUGAGAACCACCAAGUCAGAUGAACCACCCAGUUCAGGUAAAGCCGCAAGCUUACUUUGUGCAAAUGCUGCUUCUCACUCGCAAAAAGCUUUUCAAAAAGCUCCCCUCACUUUUCAGAAAGGAUUUUACAACUCCUCCUCGCUAAAGCCUAUGCUUCCUGAUCACCUCACAGGACAGAAAAUUGGAAAGUCCUCCCCCUGCACCCCGGUUGGGUCAGGGGAGUGGCGGCUGCUGGAGCCAGGAAUGACGGCAGGAUGCCUUGUCCUUGCAACUCCGGGGCUGCUGGCAGUAGACGAAUCAAUCGCUUCCCCGGUGCGGGAAUCACUGGCGGCCGCCACCACUGCUGCAAACCCGGCGUGA